AUGACAACUGAAGAAGAACUGACAACAAGUAGUGAAUUUGAGACAGAAGUGGUAAAUGAAGAAGAAAUAACAACAAUUGAUGAAUUGAUGACAGAUGCGGUAACUGUCGAAGAAAUAACAAGUAGUAAAAUUCCGACAGAAGUGGUAACUGAAAAAGAAAUAACAAGCAGUGAAUUGCCAUCAGAAGUGGAAACUGAAGAAGAAAUAACAACAAGCAGUGAAUUGUCGAUAGAAGUCGUAAAUCAAGAGAUAUCUACAAGCAGUGAAAAAUCGACAGAAGUGGUAACUCAAGAAGAAAUGACAACAAGUCGUGAAUUGACGACAGAUUUGGUAACUGAAGAAAAAAUAACAACAAUUGAUGAAUUGAUGACAGAUGCGGUAACUGACGAAGAAAUAACAAGUAGUAAAAUUCCGACAGAAGUGGUAACUGAAGAAGAACUGACAACAUUUAAUGAAUUGCUGACAGAAUUGGCAAAUGAAGAAGAAAUAACAAGCAAUGAAUUGUCGACAGAAGUGGUCACUGAAGAAGAACUGACAAGUAGUGAAUUACCCCUAGAAGAAGUAAAUCAAGAGAUAUUUACGAGUAGUAAAGUUCCCACAGAAGUGUUAACUGACGAAGAAAUAGCAACAAGUAAUGAAUUGUUCACACAUGCGGUCACUGAAGAAGAACUGAUAACAAACAGUGAAUUACCGAUAGAAGUUGAAACUGAAGAACAAUUGAUAAGCAGUGAAAUGUCAACAGAAUUAAACAAUGAAAAAGUAAUAGAAUUGAUAUCUCAAGAAAUACCUAUAGAAGUGGUUAACAAACCAAAUAAAAAUAGAAUAAAUAGUAGUAAUUCUGACGAUUUUACAGAAUCUUUCGAUGAAUUAAUAGAAGAAAUAAGUGAAUCACAAACUCUAGAAUCUUCACAAUUUGCAGAAAACCAAAAUGAAGAACAAAUAAAUAAUAAUAAUUCUGAUGAAAAUCAAUUAUCUCUUGAAAAUAAUGAACACAAUUCUGAACAAAGUUCUGAUGAAAUUAACAACAAUUCCGAAGAACAUAACGAAGAAAAUAAUGAUAAUGAAAAUAAUGAACAAAAUUCAGACACAAAUAUUUCUGAACACAUUUCAGAUGAAAACAUUAGUGAAACAAUUUCUGGUGAUAAUAAUGAACAAAAUAAUGUGGAAAUUAAUGUCGUUAAUGAAGAUAAUGGCGAUAAUAAUAACAAUAAUGAAAACAAUUUAAACGAAAAUAGCGAACAAAAUAUUAGUGAUAUUAUUGAAGAAAAUGAAGAAAAAUUAGAAGAAAUAGAAGAAAUAAUCACCGAAAACAAUGAACAACUAAAUGAAGAAAAUGAAUCAAAUCCGGAGGAAAAUGCAGAAAAUGUCGAAACAAAUGUUGAAUCUCAAGAAAAUAACUCUAAUAUUUUGCAAAACGAUGGAUCAGAUGAUAAUAAUAAUGUACUCAAUGAUGAACAAUACAAUAAUAUUGAUGUUAUAAUCAAUUCUGAUGAAACCAAUUGGAUUGAACAAACCAAUGACCAGAACAUAGAUCAGACAAAUGAUCAGACAAGUGAUCAAACAAAUGAUCAAACUAGUGAUCAAACCAAUGAUCAAACAAGUGAUCAAACAAGUGAUCAGAUCAAUGAUCAAGCCAUUGAUCAGACUAGUGACCAGAUCAGUGACCAGACAAAUGAUCAGACAAGUGAUCAAACAAGUGAUCAAACAAGUGAUCAAACAAAUGAUCAAACAAGUGAUCAAACAAGUGAUCAGAUCAAUGAUCAAGCCAUUGAUCAGACUAGUGACCAGAUCAGUGACCAGACAAAUGAUCAGACAAGUGAUCAAACAAGUGAUCAAACAAGUGAUCAAACAAAUGAUCAAACGAGUGAUCAAACAAGUGAUCAGAUCAAUGAUCAAACCAUUGAUCAAACUAGUGAGCAAAUCAAUGAUCAAACAAAUGAAGAUAAUAGCGAUGAAAAUAACAAUAAUGAAAAUAAUUUAAACGAAAAUAGCGAACAAAAUAUUAGUGAAAUUAUUGAAGAAAAUGAAGAAAAAUUAGAAGAAAUAGAAGAAAUAAUCACCGAAAACAAUGAACAACUAAAUGAAGAAAAUGAAUCAAAUCCGGAGGAAAAUGCAGAAAAUACUGAUACAAAUGCCGAGUCUCAGGAAAACAAUUCUAAUAUUUUACCAAAUGAUGGUUCAGAUGAUAAUAAUAAUGUACACAAUGAUGAACAAUACAAUAAUCUUGAAGAUACAAACAAUUCCAAUGAAACUAAUGACCAGACAAGUGAUCAGACCAUUGACCAGACAAGUGAUCAGACCAUUGACCAGACAAGUGAUCAGACCAUUGACCAGACCAACACUGAUGAAGAUUUUUCUAAUGAAGAGAAGAUAGACAAUGAAAUUCUCACAGAAGUAUUAACUGAAGAUGCAAUCACUACAAGCAGUGAAUUGUCGCCAGAAGUUGUCACUUAA